CCAUAACUUGCACUAAACAAAGUAAAGCUAAGGAAUUAGAAAAUGGCGGCAUUACCAAGUCUACUUCUAACUUGUUCCCUUCUCCUCAUCCUCUUCCUCUUCCUCCUCCCCGUCUCGCUCUCUCUUCCCGCCGAUGAUCAGCCGAGGCUCAUCGAGAAGCAGCUCAAGCUAGAUUACCUUGGCGAGUCUGGGUUUCCUCUUAGCGAUGAGAGAGUUAACCCAGGCCACUAUGCCGGUUAUUUUAAGCUUAAUAAUACCAUAAAUGCAAGCAUGUUCUAUUUCUUCUUUGAGUCGAGAGAGAACAAAAAGAGCGAUCCGGUGGUGAUAUGGCUAACAGGAGGACCGGGAUGCGGCAGUGAGAUUGCUUUGUUCUAUGAGAAUGGACCCUUUCAAAUUCAAAACAAUAUGUCUCUUACUUGGAAUGCUUACGGUUGGGACAAGGUCAGCGACACAAAUAAAACGCAGAUUGCAGCACUUCCAAAACCGGAGAUCAGACGAAGAAAACAGAUCGCGUUCUUAGCGGGUUCAUAGCUGACUUGUAGUGCCAUCGUCGCUGGUCGCAAGGCUCGUCCGCCGUAUUUUGUCCUCAUCGCUUCGCUGAGUCCACUGACUGAAGGUGCCUCUUUGGUCGCCGGCAGAUAUUCCGGUUCACACUCGAUUGAUUUCAAACAUUAUCUUUGUGGAUCAACCAACGGGAACUGGUUUCAGUUACAGCAACAAUAGGAAUGACACUCGCGUUAAUGAAAAAGGUGUCAGCGAAGACCUCUACAACUUCUUACAGGCCUUCUUCACGAAACACCCCGAUUAUGCCGGAAAUGAUUUCUUCAUAACUGGAGAAUCAUAUGCUGGGCAUUACAUUCCUGCAUUGGCUUCUCGUAUUAAUGUGGGAAACAAGAACAAUCAAGGAAUUUAUCGUAUAAACCUCAAGGGAUUUGCCAUCGGCAACGGACUCACCAAUCCGUUAAUUCAGUAUCCAGCCUAUACCGACUACGCUUUGGAUCAAAAUUUGAUCAAUAAGCCCAUUUAUGACGAAAUAAACCUGAAAGUUCCGGAUUGUCAGAAAUCAAUAGUGAGUUGUGACACCAAGGGUGGGGGAGCUUGCGAUACGGCUCUCAGCAAAUGCCUCCGAAUCUUCUAUGACGUACUUGGGGACCGGAAUAUAAAUUACUAUGACGUCCGGAAGAAUUGUACAAGAGGACCUCUCUGCUACGACUUCUCAAACAUGGAAACUUACCUCAACCUGAAAGAAGUUAGACUAGCUCUAGGAGUUGGGAACAUUACUUUUGUUUCAUGUAAAGCUGAGGUACAAAGCGCUAUGACGCAGGAUUAUAUGGCAAAUCUCGAAGUUGACAUUCCUAGCCUUCUUGAAGAGGGAAUAACUAUGCUUAUAUAUGCUGGAGAGUUUGAUCUUAUUUGUAACUGGCUCGGAAACUCAAGAUGGGUUCAUGCCAUGAAAUGGUCUGGUCAAGAAAACUUCAGCAGAGCGACUAAUGUUACUUUUACUGUGGAUGGAAAUGUGAAGGGAACACUAAAGAGCCAAGGACCACUCAGUUUCCUCAAGGUCAAUGAUGCAGGCCACAUGGUUCCAAUGGAUCAGCCUAAGGCAGCAUUAGUAAUGCUUCAAAGGUGGAUGAAAGGGAACCUUACCUCAACAAUGUAAUACCAUCCCGCUCAAAUAUAAAGACCUUAACACACCAAAAGUAUUA